AGCCAGCGGGCGGGGCGGGGCCGGCGGGAGCGGCGGUCUUUAGGGCGGAGCCGGCUCCGCUGUCCGCAGUCGGCCGCGGUCUAGCGGGCAGAGCGUCUCCUGUCGCCGGUUCCUCUCGCUCACUGCUCUCUCGUGCCGGAGGCCGCUCCUCUCGGCUCUCUCGCUCUCUCUCUUUCUAUCUCUCUCCCUUCCGCGGAUCCGCCAUGUCGGAGCCCGGCGGCGGCGAGGACGGCUCGGCCGGCCUGGAGGUGUCCGCGGUGCAGAAUGUGGCGGACGUGGCGGUGCUGCAGAAGCACCUGCGUAAACUGGUGCCGCUGCUGCUGGAGGACGGCGGCGACGCGCCGGCUGCGCUGGAGGCGGCGCUGGAGGAGAAGAGCGCCCUGGAGCAGAUGCGCAAGUUCCUGUCAGACCCGCAGGUCCACACGGUCCUGGUGGAGCGCUCCACCCUCAAAGAGGACGUUGGUGAUGAAGGAGAAGAGGAGAAAGAAUUCAUUUCCUAUAACAUCAACAUAGACAUUCAUUACGGAGUGAAGUCCAACAGCUUGGCGUUCAUCAAGCGAGCCCCUGUGAUUGAUGCAGACAAGCCAGUGUCGUCCCAGCUCCGAGUCCUCACUCUGAGUGAAGAUUCACCGUAUGAGACACUGCACUCUUUCAUCAGCAAUGCAGUGGCUCCUUUCUUCAAGUCCUACAUCAGAGAGUCUGGCAAAGCAGACAGGGAUGGCGAUAAGAUGGCUCCUUCAGUUGAAAAAAAGAUUGCAGAGCUUGAGAUGGGACUCCUUCACCUGCAGCAGAAUAUUGAGAUCCCAGAGAUCAGCUUGCCGAUUCACCCCAUUAUCACGAACGUUGCGAAGCAGUGCUAUGAGCGUGGAGAAAAGCCCAAAGUUACAGAUUUUGGUGAUAAGGUUGAAGACCCAACUUUCCUUAACCAAUUACAGUCUGGAGUUAAUCGGUGGAUCCGAGAAAUUCAAAAGGUGACCAAGCUUGACCGAGAUCCAGCAUCAGGAACUGCCUUGCAGGAAAUCAGCUUUUGGCUAAACUUGGAACGUGCGUUGUACCGCAUCCAAGAGAAACGGGAGAGCCCAGAAGUGCUCCUGACUCUGGACAUCCUGAAGCAUGGCAAACGUUUCCAUGCCACUGUCAGUUUUGACACUGACACAGGUCUUAAGCAGGCGUUGGAAACGGUGAAUGACUACAAUCCUCUGAUGAAAGACUUCCCUCUGAAUGACUUGCUGUCUGCCACGGAGCUGGACAAGAUAAGGCAGGCACUUGUUGCAAUUUUCACACAUCUCAGAAAGAUCCGAAACACAAAGUACCCCAUUCAGCGGGCUCUGCGUCUCGUGGAGGCAAUUUCCAGAGACUUGAGUUCUCAGUUGCUCAAAGUCUUGGGCACUCGGAAGUUGAUGCAUGUAGCUUAUGAAGAAUUUGAAAAAGUCAUGGUGGCUUGCUUCGAAGUCUUCCAGACAUGGGAUGAUGAAUAUGAGAAGCUCCAAGUGCUACUGCGAGACAUCGUCAAGAGGAAGAGGGAAGAGAACCUGAAGAUGGUGUGGCGCAUCAACCCCGCUCACAGGAAGCUUCAGGCCCGCCUCGACCAGAUGAGGAAGUUCCGCCGCCAGCAUGAGCAGCUGAGGGCUGUCAUUGUCAGGGUCCUGAGGCCACAGGUCACAGCAGUUGCACAACAGAACCAAGGAGAGGCACCUGAACCCCAAGACAUGAAAGUGGCCGAGGUGCUCUUUGAUGCUGCAGAUGCCAACGCCAUCGAGGAGGUGAACCUGGCCUAUGAAAAUGUCAAGGAAGUCGAUGGGCUGGAUGUUUCCAAAGAAGGGACGGAGGCCUGGGAGGCCGCGAUGAAGAGAUAUGAUGAGAGGAUCGACCGUGUGGAGACCCGCAUCACCGCCCGCCUCCGAGAUCAGCUCGGCACGGCCAAGAACGCCAAUGAGAUGUUCAGGAUUUUCUCCAGGUUCAAUGCACUGUUCGUCCGCCCACACAUCCGAGGGGCCAUUCGUGAAUACCAGACCCAGCUGAUCCAACGUGUAAAAGAUGACAUCGAAUCUCUGCACGACAAGUUCAAGGUUCAGUACCCGCAAAGCCAAGCUUGUAAAAUGAGUCAUGUCCGUGACUUGCCCCCUGUGUCAGGGUCUAUCAUCUGGGCUAAACAGAUUGACAGACAGCUCACUGCCUACAUGAAGCGAGUGGAGGAUGUCCUGGGCAAAGGCUGGGAGAACCACGUGGAAGGGCAGAAGCUGAAGCAGGAUGGAGACAGCUUCCGAAUGAAGCUCAAUACCCAGGAGAUCUUCGAUGACUGGGCAAGGAAGGUUCAGCAACGCAACCUUGGUGUCUCGGGACGCAUCUUCACCAUUGAGAGUGCUCGCGUGCGGGGUCGCACUGGGAAUGUCCUCAAGCUAAAGGUGAACUUUCUUCCAGAGAUCAUAACACUCUCCAAAGAAGUCCGGAACCUCAAGUGGCUUGGCUUCCGAGUGCCACUUGCAAUUGUGAACAAGGCUCACCAGGCCAACCAGCUCUACCCAUUUGCCAUCUCACUGAUUGAAAGUGUCCGGACUUACGAGCGCACCUGUGAGAAGGUGGAGGAACGCAAUACCAUUUCACUGCUAGUGGCCGGCCUGAAGAAGGAGGUCCAGGCCUUAAUCGCAGAAGGCAUCGCGUUGGUGUGGGAGUCCUACAAACUCGACCCCUAUGUGCAGCGCCUGGCAGAGACGGUUUUCAACUUCCAAGAGAAGGUGGACGACCUACUGAUUAUUGAGGAAAAAAUAGACCUAGAAGUCCGUUCCUUGGAAACCUGCAUGUAUGAUCACAAGACGUUCUCUGAAAUCUUGAACAGAGUGCAGAAAGCAGUGGAUGACCUAAACUUGCAUUCCUACUCCAAUCUGCCCAUCUGGGUCAACAAGCUGGACAUGGAGAUUGAAAGGAUACUAGGUGUCCGCCUGCAAGCUGGCCUUCGAGCUUGGACCCAGGUUCUUCUUGGACAAGCUGAAGAUAAAGCAGAAGUCGACAUGGAUACAGAUGCUCCACAAGUUAGUCAUAAGCCUGGUGGAGAGCCCAAAAUCAAAAAUGUUGUCCAUGAGCUAAGAAUAACGAAUCAGGUCAUCUAUCUGAAUCCACCCAUUGAAGAAUGCAGGUACAAGCUAUACCAGGAGAUGUUCGCUUGGAAGAUGAUCGUGCUGUCCCUGCCCAGGAUCCAGAGCCAGAGGUACCAGGUGGGAGUGCAUUACGAGUUGACCGAGGAAGAGAAGUUCUAUCGGAAUGCACUAACAAGGAUGCCCGACGGCCCUGUCGCCCUGGAAGAGUCCUACUCUGCGGUCAUGGGCAUAGUGACUGAAGUUGAGCAGUAUGUUAAGGUUUGGCUUCAGUACCAGUGUUUGUGGGAUAUGCAGGCAGAAAAUAUUUACAACAGGCUAGGGGAAGAUCUCAACAAGUGGCAAGCUCUCCUGGUCCAGAUAAGGAAAGCCAGAGGAACCUUCGACAAUGCGGAAACCAAGAAAGAGUUUGGACCGGUGGUGAUAGAUUAUGGCAAGGUCCAGUCCAAGGUGAACUUGAAGUACGACUCCUGGCAUAAGGAGGUUCUCAGCAAGUUUGGGCAGAUGCUGGGCUCAAACAUGACAGAAUUCCACUCCCAGAUCUCAAAGUCUCGCCAAGAGCUGGAGCAACACUCGGUUGACACAGCCAGUACCUCUGACGCGGUGACCUUCAUCACCUAUGUACAGUCUCUGAAACGGAAGAUCAAGCAGUUUGAGAAGCAAGUUGAACUCUACCGCAAUGGCCAGCGUCUGCUAGAAAAACAAAGGUUCCAGUUCCCUCCUUCUUGGCUUUACAUUGACAACAUCGAGGGUGAGUGGGGGGCCUUCAAUGACAUCAUGCGUCGGAAGGACUCUGCCAUUCAGCAACAGGUGGCAAACCUGCAAAUGAAGAUCGUACAGGAGGACAGAGCUGUGGAAAGCCGGACCACCGAUCUGUUGACAGACUGGGAGAAGACCAAACCUGUCACAGGCAAUCUGCGUCCUGAGGAGGCUCUUCAGGCCCUCACCAUAUAUGAAGGGAAGUUCGGCCGGCUGAAGGAUGACAGAGAGAAAUGUGCAAAGGCUAAGGAAGCAUUGGAACUCACAGACACAGGCCUCCUCAGUGGCAGUGAAGAACGUGUACAGGUGGCCUUGGAGGAGUUACAAGACCUCAAAGGUGUGUGGUCAGAGCUUUCUAAGGUCUGGGAACAAAUUGAUCAAAUGAAGGAGCAGCCGUGGGUCUCUGUUCAGCCUCGGAAGCUUCGACAAAACCUAGACGGCCUUUUGAAUCAACUGAAGAACUUCCCUGCAAGGCUUCGACAGUAUGCUUCCUAUGAGUUUGUUCAGAGGCUGCUGAAAGGCUACAUGAAGAUAAACAUGUUGGUAAUUGAAUUGAAAUCAGAAGCACUUAAAGACCGGCACUGGAAACAGCUGAUGAAGAGGCUUCAUGUUAAUUGGGUGGUUUCUGAGCUGACCCUGGGCCAGAUCUGGGAUGUGGACCUUCAGAAAAACGAAGCUGUUGUCAAGGAUGUGCUGCUAGUGGCACAAGGGGAGAUGGCUUUGGAAGAAUUCUUGAAGCAGAUACGGGAAGUGUAGAACACAUACGAACUAGACUUGAUCAACUAUCAGAACAAAUGCCACCUCAUCCGAGGCUGGGAUGACCUCUUCAACAAGGUCAAGGAACACAUCAACAGGGUCUCUGCCAUGAAACUCUCUCCCUAUUACAAGGUUUUUGAGGAAGAUGCCCUGAGCUGGGAGGACAAGCUUAACCGAAUCUUGGCUCUCUUUGACGUGUAGAUUGACGUGCAGAGGCGCUGGGUCUACUUGGAAGGCAUCUUCACAGNCAGUGCAGACAUCAAACAUCUGCUGCCUGUGGAAACCCAGCGCUUCCAGAGUAUCAGCACAGAGUUUUUGGCUCUGAUGAAAAAAGUCUCCAAGUCUCCACUUGUGAUGGACGNUCUGAACAUACAGGGAGUCCAGAGGUCUCUGGAAAGGUUGGCUGAUCUACUGGGGAAGAUGCAGAAAGCACUGGGGGAGUAUCUGGAANGGGAGCGCUCGUCUUUCCCCAGGUUCUACUUUGUGGGUGAUGAGGAUUUGCUUGAAAUCAUUUGAAAUAGCAAGAACGUGGCUAUGUUGCAGAAGCACUUCAAGAAAAUGUUUGCUGGUGUUUCCAGCAUCAACUUAAAUGAGGAUAACUCUGUGGUCCUUGGCAUUUCAUCACGAGAAGGGGAGGAGGUUAUGUUUAAAACUCCAGUGUCCAUCACUGAACACCCCAAAAUCAAUGAGUGGCUCACUCCGGUGGAAAAGGAGAUGAGAGUCACCUUGGCUAAACUUCUGGCAGAGUCUGUUACAGAAGUGGAGAUUUUUGGAAAAGCAACUUCUAUUGACCCAAAUACCUACAUUAUUUGGAUUGAUAAAUACCAGGCCCAGCUAGUGGUAUUGUCAGCCCAGACAGACUGGUCUGAGAAUGUGGAGAAUGUGCUGAGCAACGUUGGGGGAGGUGGUGAUGUGGGGCCCUUGCAGUCUGUGCUGAGCAAGGUGGAGGUCACACUCAAUGUCUUAGCGGACUCUGUCCUCAUGGAGAAGCCUCCUCUCUGGAGACGGAAGCUGGAGUACUUGAUCACAGAGCUGGUUCACCAAAGAGAUGUUACCAGGUCCUUGAUCAAAAGCAAGAUCGACAAUGCCAAAUCUUUCGAAUGGCUCAGUCAGAUGCGAUUUUACUUUGACCCGAAGCAAACAGAUGUGUUACAGCAGCUGUCCAUUCAGAUGGCCAAUGCCAAGUUUCACUACUGCUUUGAGUACCUGGAUGUUCAAGACAAGCUGGUUCAGACGCCCCUCACUGACCGUUGCUAUUUGACAAUGACACAAGCAUUGGAGGCCAGGCUUGGGGGCUCCCCAUUUGGGCCUGCUGGAACCAGAAAGACAGAGUCCAUCAAAGCUCUGGGCCAUCAGCUGGGGCGGUUUGUCUUAGUUUUCAACUGUGACGAAACCUUUGAUUUCCAGAUGAUGGGAUGCAUCUUUGUGGGGCUUUGCCAAGUGGGCAUGUGGGGCUGCUUUGAUGAGUUUAACCACCUGGAGGAACGGAUGCUCUCAGCUGUAUCCCAGCAGGUGCAAUGCAUACAAGAGGCACUGUGGGAGAAUUCCAACCCCAACUAGGACAAGACCUCANCCCCCAUUACUUGUGAGCUGCUAAACAAACAAGUCAAGGUUAGCCCAGACAUGGCUACCUUGAUCACGAUGAACCCAGGCUAUGCAGGUCACUCAAACCUCCCCGACAACCUCAAGAAGCUUUUCUGGAGCUUGGCGAUGACCAAGCCUGACCAGCAGCUGAUCGCCCAGGUCAUGCUGUAUUUGCAGGGCUUCUGGACUGCUGGUCUUGCCAACAAGAUUGUCCCAUUCUUUAAACUGUGUGAUGAGCAGCUGUCUUCUCAAGGCCAUUAUGACUUUGGGCUUCGGGCUUUGAAGAGUGUACUUGUAAGUGCAGGCAAUGUGAAGAGGGAGAGGAUCCAGAAGAUAAAGAGGGAGAAAGAAGAACGUGGGGAAGCAGUUGAUGAAGGAGAGAUUGCUGAGAACCUGCCUGAGCAGGAGAUUUGUAUUCUGAUCCAGAAUGUCUGUGAGUAUCUGUGAGUAUUUGUGCCCAAGCUGGUAGCAGAAGACACCCCGCUGCUCUUCAGCCUACUGUCUGAUGUGUUCCCUGGAGUCCAGUACCACCGUGGGGAGAUGACAUCCCUUCAAGAAGAGCUGAAGAAAAUGUGUCAGGAGAUGUAAUUGACAUACAGUGAUGGAGAAGAAGUUGGCAGGAUGUGGGUUGAAAAGGUACUCCAGCUCUAUCAGGUCACCCAGAUUAACCACGGCCUGAUGAUGGUUGGGCCUUCAGGAAGUGGGAAGAGCAUAGCCUGGCGUGUGCUGCUGAAGGCUCUUGAGAGGCUUGAGGGUGUGGAGGGUGUGGCUCACAUAAUUGACCCUAAGGCUAUUAGCAAAGACCACCUCUACGGAACCUGGGAUCCCAACACCAGGGAGUGGACAGACGGACUCUUCACACACGUGUUGAGAAAGAUCAUAGACAAUGUGAGAGGUGAGCUGCAGAAAUGCCAAUGGAUUGUCUUUGAUGGUGAUGUGGACCCCAAGUGGGUGGAGAACCUGAACUCAGUGCUAGAUGACAACAAGCUUCUGACACUGCCUAAUGGAGAGUGCCUUAGCCUGCCACCCAACGUGCGAAUAAUGUUUGAAGUGCAGGACUUGAAGUACGCAACCCUGGCCACAGUGUCUCGCUGUGGCAUGCUGUGGUUCAGUGGGGACUUCCUGAGCACAGACAUAAUCUUCAAUAACUUCCUGGCCAGGCUGCGCAGCAUUCCCCUGGAUGAAGGGGAGGACGAGGCACAGCGUAGGCGAAAAGGCAAAGAAGACGAGGGUGCCAUCUCUCCAGCCCCAUGUACGUUUUUGUUUUCCUUUUCAAUUCAAAGAGAUGCAGCAAUAAUCAUGUAGCCAUACUUCACAUCCAACGGACUGGUCACCAAGGCCCUGGAGCANGCCUUCAAGCUGGAGCACAUCAUGGAUCUGACGUGCCUGCGCUGCCUGGGUUCACUCUUUUCCAUGUUGCACCAGGCCUGCCUCAAUGUGNCACAGUACAAUGCCAACCAUCCUGAUUUCCCCAUGCAGAUUGAGCAGCAGGAAUGCUACAUUCAGCACUAUCUGGUUUACUCCAUCCUCUGGUCCUUAUCUGGAGACAGCUGGCUGAAGAUGACAGCAGAGCUGGGCGAGUACAUCCUGAGGAUCACCACUGUGCCACUGCCCACUGUGCCCAANGACCCCAUCAUUGACUAUGAGGUGUCCAUCAGUGGAGAGUGGUCGCCGUGGCAGGCCAAGGUGCCUCAGUUUGAAGUGGAGACAUACAAGGGAGCCCCAGAUGUCAUCAUGCCAACCUUAGAUACAGUCUGCCAUGAAGCUCUCUUGUACACUUGGCUGGCAGAACACAAACCCCUGGUCUUAUGUGGCCCUCCUGGGUCUGGCAAGACCAGGACACUCUUCAGCACUCUCUGGGCCUUGCCUGACGUGGAAGUUGUGGGCCUAAACUUCUCAAGUGCCACUACAACAGAGCUGUUGCUGAAGAUGUAUGACCACUACCGCAAAUACAGGCGCAUACAUAACAGUGUUGUCUUGGCUCCUGUUCAGCUUGGAAAGUGGCUGGUCUUGUUCUGUGAUGAAAUCAACUUGCCCGAUAUGGAUAAGUACAGUACACAAAGAGUCAUGUCCUUCAUCAGACAGUUGUGUAUGGUGGAGCAUGGAGGCUUCUAUCGUACCUCAGACCAAAUGUGGGUAAAGCUAGAGAGAAUCCAGUUUGUUAGGGCUUGCAAUCCACCCACUGACCCUGGGAGAAAGCCUCUCUCACACAGGUUCUUGUGCCAUGUGCCUGUUGUAUAUGUGGAUUACCCAGGACCAGCCUCCCUGACGCAAAUCUAUGGCACCUUCAACCUCGCCAUGCUGAGGCUCAUUCCCUCGCUCCGCACCUAUGCAGAAACCCUCACUGCCGCCAUGGUGGAGUUCUAUACCAUGUCACAGGAGAGGUUUACUCAGGACACACAGCCACACUAUAUCUACUCACCCCGUGAGAUGACUCGGUGGGUAAGAGGAAUCUUUGAAGCACUGAGACCCCUGGAGACAUUGCCUGUUGAAGGUCUCAUUUGCAUUUGGGCACAUGAAGCCCUCCGUCUCUUCCAAGACAGGCUUGUGGAGGAUGAGGAGUGGUGUCGGACUGACGAAAACAUCGACAUGGCUGCUUUGAAGCACUUCCCUAACAUAGACAAAGAGAAAGCCAUGAGCCGGCCUAUCCUGUACAGCAACUGGCUGUCAAAGGAUUAUAUCCCAGUUGACCAAGAAGAGCUAAGGGAUUAUGUCAAGGCUAGGCUAAAGGUCUUCUAUGAAGAAGAACUUGAUGUUCCCUUGGUCUUGUUCAAUGAAGUACUGGACCAUGUGCUGAGGAUCGACAGAAUAUUCAGACAACCUCAAGGCCAUCUGCUUCUGAAUGGUAUUAGUGGAGCUGGAAAAACCACCCUGUCUCGCUUUGUCGCCUGGAUGAAUGACUUGAGUGUACACCAGAUUAAGGUCCACAGGAAGUACACUGGGGAAGACUUUGAUGAAGAUCUUAGGACAGUGCUGAGAAGGUCUGGCUGUAAAAAAAUACCAUUCAUAAUGGAUGAGGCCAAUGUCUUAGAUUCUGGAUUCCUGGAACGAAUGAAUACCCUUCUGGCUAAUGGCGAGGUUCCUGGGCUCUUUGAAGGGGAUGAGUACGCCACGCUGAUGACUCAGUGCAAAGAGGGUGNCCAGAAGGAGGGGCUCAUGCUGGACUCACACGAGGAACUCUACAAGUGGUUCACCAGCCAGGUGAUCCGCAACCUGCACGUGGUCUUCACCAUGAACCCAUCCUCAGAGGGGCUCAAGGACAGGGCAGCCACCUCACCAGCCCUUUUCAACAGGUGUGUGCUGAACUGGUUUGGUGACUGGUCCACUGAAGCACUGUAUCAGGCUGGCAAAGAAUUCACCAGUAAAAUGGACCUGGAGAAGCCAAACUAUAUAGUGCCUGACUACAUGCCCGUUGUGUAUGAUAAACUACCACAGCCCCCAACACACCGGGAAGCCAUUGUGAACAGCUGUGUGUUUGUUCAUCAGACUCUUCACCAGGCUAAUGCGCGCCUGGCGAAGCGAGGUGGCAGAACGAUGGCCAUCACGCCUCGGCACUACCUGGACUUCAUCAACCACUAUGCCAACCUCUUCCAUGAGAAGCGCAGCGAGUUGGAGGAACAGCAAAUGCACCUGAAUGUUGGGCUCCGAAAAAUCAAAGAGACGGUGGACCAGGUGGAAGAACUGCGUCGUGACCUGAGAAUCAAGAGCCAAGAGCUGGAAGUCAAGAAUGCAGCAGCCAAUGACAAACUGAAGAAAAUGGUGAAAGACCAACAAGAGGCUGAGAAGAAAAAGGUCAUGAGCCAAGAAAUCCAGGAGCAGCUGCACAAACAGCAGGAAGUGAUCGCAGACAAGCAGAUGAGUGUCAAGGAGGACCUCGAUAAAGUGGAGCCUGCUGUUAUCGAGGCCCAGAAUGCCAUACUGCUGCUUCAGCCUCCACACGCCAGGAUCACAAGCACAAGCCACCAUCCUGGCUUAUCUUUACUUGGCUACACUAAGGAAUGGGUGUCAUUAUGGCAUGCCACAUAUUUGUGUCAUCCUGAGUUGUUCCUGUCACUUAGCCUUGCACCCUGUGCUUUGCCUUCUCAGCUUAAUUAUGCAGACAUGUUAAAGCGAGUGGAGCCCCUGAGGAAUGAGCUGCAGAAGCUGGAAGAUGACGCCAAGGACAACCAGCAGAAAGCCAAUGAGGUGGAGCAGAUGAUCAGGGACCUGGAAGCCAGCAUUGCCCGCUACAAGGAGGAGUACGCUGUCCUCAUCUCCGAGGCCCAGGCCAUCAAGGCGGACCUGGCAGCUGUGGAAGCGAAGGUAAACCGGAGCACUGCACUUCUAAAGAGUUUAUCUGCUGAAAGGGAACGUUGGGAAAAGACGAGUGAAACUUUCAAAAACCAGAUGUCUACCAUUGCUGGGGACUGCCUCCUGUCAGCGGCCUUCAUUGCUUACGCUGGUUACUUUGACCAGCAAAUGCGCCAGAACUUGUUCACCACCUGGUCUCAUCACUUACAGCAAGCCAACAUCCAGUUCCGCACAGACAUUGCAAGGACAGAGUACCUUUCCAACGCUGACGAGCGCCUCCGCUGGCAAGCCAGCUCUCUACCUGCCGACGACCUGUGCACAGAGAAUGCCAUCAUGCUAAAACGAUUCAAUAGGUACCCACUGAUCAUUGACCCCUCCGGACAGGCCACAGAAUUCAUCAUGAAUGAAUAUAAGGACCGGAAGAUCACAAGGACCAGCUUCUUAGAUGAUGCCUUCCGGAAGAAUUUGGAGAGUGCUCUGAGAUUUGGCAAUCCCCUUCUUGUCCAGGAUGUGGAAAGCUAUGAUCCAGUUUUGAAUCCAGUACUGAACCGUGAAGUUCGGCGAACAGGAGGGAGAGUGCUGAUUACCCUUGGUGACCAAGACAUAGACCUGUCACCAUCCUUUGUCAUCUUUCUGUCUACCCGAGACCCAACUGUGGAGUUCCCACCAGACCUCUGCUCCCGGGUGACCUUCGUGAACUUCACCGUCACCCGCAGCAGUUUACAAAGCCAGUGUCUCAAUGAAGUGCUUAAAGCAGAAAGGCCAGAUGUGGACGAGAAGCGCUCUGACCUUCUGAAACUGCAAGGGGAGUUCCAGCUCCGUUUACGGCAGCUUGAAAAAUCUCUGCUCCAAGCUCUGAACGAGGUAAAAGGCCGCAUUCUGGAUGACGACACCAUCAUUACAACCCUGGAGAACCUGAAGCGGGAGGCUGCUGAGGUCACCAGAAAGGUGGAGGAGACAGACAUUGUCAUGCAGGAGGUGGAGACUGUGUCCCAGCAGUACCUGCCGCUGUCCACUGCCUGCAGCAGCAUCUACUUCACUAUGGAGUCCCUGAAGCAGGUUCACUUCCUGUACCAGUACUCUCUGCAGUUCUUCCUGGACAUCUACCACAACGUGCUGUAUGAGAACCCCAACCUGAAGGGUGCCACCGAUCACACACAGCGCCUCUCCGUCAUAACCAAGGACCUCUUCCAGGUGGCCUUUAACCGAGUGGCUCGAGGCAUGCUGCACCAGGAUCACAUCACCUUCGCCAUGCUGCUGGCGAGGAUCAAGCUGAAAGGCACCGUGGGGGAGCCCACCUAUGAUGCAGAGUUCCAGCACUUCCUCAGAGGGAAGGAAAUUGUGCUGAGUGCUGGCUCCACCCCCAAAAUCCAGGGCCUAACUGUAGAGCAGGCAGAAGCUGUCGUGAGGUUGAGCUGUCUGCCUGCAUUUAAAGAUCUAAUUGCCAAGGUUCAGGCAGAUGAGCAGUUUGGCAUUUGGCUGGAUAGCAGUUCACCAGAGCAGACCGUGCCAUACCUCUGGAGCGAGGAAACACCUACCACUCCCAUUGGGCAGGCCAUCCACCGCCUGCUCCUGAUUCAAGCCUUCCGACCUGACCGCCUGUUGGCCAUGGCCCACAUGUUUGUUUCCACAAACCUCGGAGAGUCCUUUAUGUCCAUCAUGGAGCAGCCGCUCGACCUCACCCACAUUGUGGGCACAGAGGUGAAGCCAAACACACCUGUCCUGAUGUGCUCUGUGCCUGGGUAUGAUGCCAGUGGACACGUUGAGGACCUCGCAGCAGAGCAGAACACGCAGAUCACGUCUAUUGCCAUCGGCUCAGCAGAAGGCUUUAACCAAGCAGACAAGGCCAUCAACACCGCUGUGAAGUCAGGCAGGUGGGUGAUGCUGAAGAAUGUGCACCUGGCCCCAGGGUGGCUGAUGCAGCUGGAGAAGAAGCUGCAUUCCCUGCAGCCUCAUGCCUGCUUCCGACUCUUCCUCACCAUGGAGAUCAACCCCAAGGUGCCUGUGAACCUGCUCCGUGCAGGUCGGAUCUUUGUGUUUGAGCCACCACCUGGAGUGAAAGCCAACAUGCUGAGGACAUUCAGCAGCAUCCCUGUCUCUAGGAUAUGCAAGUCUCCAAAUGAGCGCGCCCGCUUGUAUUUCCUGCUGGCUUGGUUCCAUGCCAUCAUCCAAGAGCGCCUGCGCUAUGCUCCACUGGGGUGGUCAAAGAAGUACGAAUUUGGAGAAUCUGACCUUCGAUCAGCUUGUGACACAGUGGACACGUGGCUGGAUGACACAGCCAAGGGCCGGCAGAACAUCUCACCAGAUAAGAUCCCAUGGUCUGCCCUGAAGACCCUGAUGGCACAGUCCAUCUAUGGUGGGCGGGUGGACAAUGAGUUCGACCAGCGUCUGCUCAACACCUUCCUGGAGCGGCUGUUCACCACCCGCAGUUUUGACAGUGAAUUCAAGCUGGCGUGCAAGGUUGAUGGGCACAAGGACAUCCAGAUGCCUGAUGGUAUCAGGCGAGAGGAGUUUGUGCAGUGGGUGGAGCUGCUGCCUGACGCCCAGACACCCUCAUGGCUGGGCCUCCCCAACAAUGCUGAAAGGGUCCUGCUUACCACCCAAGGUGUGGACAUGAUCAGCAAGAUGCUGAAGAUGCAGAUGCUGGAGGAUGAGGAUGACCUGGCCUACGCAGAGACGGAGAAGAAGGCGAGGACGGACUCCACCUCCGAUGGGCGUCCAGCCUGGAUGAGAACGCUGCACACCACGGCAUCCAACUGGCUGCACCUCAUCCCACAGACGCUGAGCCCCCUAAAGCGCACCGUGGAGAACAUCAAGGAUCCUUUGUUUAGGUUCUUUGAGAGAGAAGUAAAGAUGGGGGCCAAGUUACUCCAAGAUGUGCGCCAAGACCUUGCUGACGUCGUUCAAGUGUGCGAGGGGAAAAAGAAGCAAACAAACUACCUGCGUACACUCAUCAAUGAGCUGGUGAAAGGGAUCUUGCCUCGGAGCUGGUCCCAUUACACAGUGCCUGCAGGCAUGACGGUGAUCCAGUGGGUGUCGGAUUUCAGCGAGAGGAUCAAACAGCUGCAGAAUAUCUCACAAGCGGCUGCAUCUGGUGGUGCCAAGGAACUGAAGAACAUCCACGUGUGCCUGGGUGGCCUGUUUGUACCUGAAGCCUACAUCACUGCCACCAGACAGUAUGUGGCACAAGCUAACAGCUGGUCCCUGGAGGAACUCUGCCUGGAGGUCAAUGUCACCGCCUCCCAGAGUGCCACCCUUGAUGCCUGCAGCUUUGGAGUCACAGGUCUGAAGCUCCAAGGGGCCACGUGCAGCAACAACAAGCUAUCGCUCUCCAACGCCAUCUCCACAGUCCUCCCCCUCACACAGCUGCGCUGGGUGAAGCAAACAAGCGCGGAGAAGAAGGCCAGCGUGGUGACUUUACCUGUCUACCUGAACUUCACCCGGGCAGACCUCAUCUUCACCGUGGACUUUGAAAUUGCUACAAAGGAAGAUCCUCGCAGCUUCUAUGAGCGUGGAGUUGCAGUUCUGUGCACUGAGUAAAGCUAGACUUUUCUCCAAUCCUCUUUCUGGAGUAGGAAACAACAAUAUUUAACCUUCAUUCGUCCUUAACCGUGUGGAAGGGUUGAUGAACUAGAAAGCAAGUGGUUGGUUCGCGUUGGCGGAAGACAGGUGCUGCGGUUGGAGACGGUGGGAUGGGAGAGAAUAGUGCGCUGUCUGAUGGCUGACCGAAUGGCUGGUUUUAGUAAAUAAAACACUAAGCAUGACGGGCUCCCGCCUCUUGCCACUCUG